UGUAAUAUCGUGGAAACCCCUUUUCAUACGUUUUUCAAGUUCCCAUUGGCGCGCGUUUUAAAAAACGAUACCAUCAGCGCCAUCCAGCGAUAAAUGGCGAAAUUACCAACACAAGAAAUUUUCUUCAAAAAAUAAAUAAUUCUUGAAAUUAAAUCCUGCGAUAUUCUUUGAUUAUAAUGAAGUACAAAUAAUUGCCUCACAAUGUAUAUUAUAUAAACUGCUUAACAAUAAAUUAACAGUUGUAAUAUUUAUCAACGCUGAUAAGCCUUGAUUGCCUGUACAUUUUAAAGCGAAUUAAUGAUAUUAGCUCGAUAUGAUUAUUUUAGAUUAUCUUUGUUUCUUUUGUUGAAAAAAAUCUGUUAUCAUUAGCUGUAGGUAGAUAAGCAUAUUACCUUUGAUCAUAUAACGUGGCUGGUGUACCUGCGUGGCAAACAAUUUGAUCAAUCUCGGGGUUCGAUUCGACGACGUGAAAAUGGCGGAAGGUUCAGAAUUAGUAUUUUUUGAUUUAAGACUAGUCCAUGAUCACUUUGACCGAGCCCUUCUGCAGGAUGAUGAUGUUGAUCUCAAAGCCUAUCUGGAUGCCUAUAAUGAGCUGUAUAAAUUCUUUCAGUUGAUGGGCAGUGUGUUUGGCUUUGUGUCCUCCGAUCUGAAGCAGAAAAUUGAGAUUCUGAUUGAGCUAGUAAACAAGAAUGAUCAGAAUUAUAUGACAGUGAAGUCUAUGAUAGAAUACGAAAAAGAGAAUAAACUCUUGGAAAAAGGAGACUAUACAAAUGGUGCUCGUACCCUGUUGCGGCUACACAGAGGCUUAGAUUUUAUUAGAGAAUUUUUGAGACAGUUAGGUGAACUGUCAGAUAGCGAUAAAACCUCCAGUUGUUGUCAGGAUGCUUACAAUAAGACAUUAGCUAAACAUCAUCCAUGGGUGAUUAGGAAAGCGGCAGUGGUUGCCAUGUAUACCAUGCCUACUAGAGAACUUUUAUUUAAAAAGGUUUGCGGUGCCAACGUCCAAAGAAACGUCGACGUCUUGCCAAAAAUGUUAGAGGUAACUGCUGAUGUGUUCAACCGUACGCAUAAUCUCUAUGAAGUGCAUCAACUUCACAGUUUACCAUAAAGAUAUAUCUAGGGAAUAAUGAAAUGAUAUUGCACUGUUGCUUCUUUAAGCUACAUAAAAAGGCACCGAGACAUUCCGGUUUCAAAAUGUGAUAUACGAUAAUUUCGUACUUGCAAUAAUAAUCUUAUCGGUGUUUUGUGAUACUCAGUUACUUAUUCUAUACACGAUUUUAUAUUUAUUCACCGAAAACGUACAAACCGCACUAGCUUAAGUUCUCUAUAUUUUAUUAUACGUAUUAGUUUUCUCAUCGCAUUUAAUGUCCCGCGGGUAUGGGCUCACGUAUCGAUGAUUCCAAACGUACUAUAUGUUCAUUUUAUAAAUACAGUAUUGUACAAAUAGUAUCAAGAAAGUUUAACAAAAUUA